AUGCCGUUUGGAUUGUGCAAUGCUCCAGCAACGUUUGAAAGAUUGAUGGAGCUUGUACUUACCGGGCUAAUUGGAGAUGCCUGUCUGGUCUAUUUGGAUGACAUCAUCAUCGUAGGCCGUACGUUUGAGGAACACUUUCAAAACCUGGAACGCGUGCUCAUGAAGAUCCAGAGUACCAAUCUCAAGUUCAGUCCAAAGAAGUGCUCACUAUUCAAACGGCAAGUUAGCCUUUUGGGGUAUGUAGUGUCGGAAGAAGGUAUCCGCACGGAUCCAGAGAAAAUUGCUGCUGUCAAGGAGUGGCCGGUCCCAAAAGACAAGACACAGGUUAGAGCAUUUUUGGGUUUGUGCUCUUAUUAUCGGCGAUUUGUGAAGAACUUUGCAGAUAUAGCCAAACCUCUGCACGAUGAAAGUUGCAAUAUUGCAUUCCAGGAGCUCAAGAACCGUCUGUGCAAAACACCUGUUUUGGGGUACCCUAAUGCGGGCAAGGAAUUCAUAGUUGACACAGACGCAAGUGAUAUAGGACUUGGCGGUGUGUUGUCUCAACGGAAUGGUGAUCAAGAGAUUGUGAUAGCGUACUUCAGCAAGUCGUUGUCAAAGCCGGAAAGGAACUAUUGUGUCACAAGACGGGAAUUGCUUGCUGUGGUAAAGUCCUUGUAG